ACCUAUAAAAAGCUAUCCUCAACUCUUGGCCAGCACUUCUUGUUAGUGGAACACCGAAAAUGAGAGCUCGUCUGCUUAAUUUAUGUAUAUUCACCCUGCUUCAGAGUAGAUAUGUACUUUCUGGGGAGGAUUUAUGGCUGCCCAAUUUAAGCAAAUUAUCCUCGAUCAUAUAUAGUUGCCAUAAUGGUCCAAAGCAAUUGCCAUUGCCUUUGCCUUUGCCUUUGCAGCUAAACUUAGACAACGAAUCGAUAUCCAACAAACGGGUUGAGCUGAAGAGUUCUGCAAGGUCUGAAGGUGAUGGCUCUGCACAGUCAUCAGCCAAUGUCAUCAUUAGAAAUGGUGACCGCGUUCUGACUAUUUCCAACAAUGUGGAUCUAGGACCGGGAAAAAAAGGACUACCUCGACGAGCAACCAAUGGCAAAAGCGACAAAUCUUCCAUCGAAAGUUCGGUAUCUUUCAACCUUGGCGAUGCAUUAACCGAUCCUUUAUCUCUAUUACAAAAACUUUAUGGAAACAGUAUAACCAAAGUCAACGGAAAAAUCCAACCUAGAUCUGGCCAAGGAAAGAAGGAUAACCCAAUAUCAAUAUCAAUUGGUGAUAACAAUGCCAAUAAUCAAAUCAUUCAGGAUGAUCGUAAACAACCCGCUGCCACAGCCGUGUUGUCCGUUGAGCCUGUAGACAUCAAACCCCAACCGAGGACACCUUGGGAAGUUGGUUUCAGCAUUUCAGGAGGAAGCAGUAGUCAUAGGAGGAGGCCCAGAGCUCCACCUAGUGACCAGUCGUUGGCUAAGGAUCAAAUGUACAGUCGCAUCGCUAAUUGUGUUAGACAGAAGCUUCUUGAAGAAUAUAAACAGAAUUCGGCUAACUAAAUGCGACAAUUCUCCAUAACAA